GUUAGCCAGCACUAAGCAAUGAUGCGCAUCAAAAAAAGGCGCUAACCGAAUGUGUACACAUUUAAAGUAUUCUUUAAAUUUGUUGUACAAUUAAAACUACCAAAUUAAUAGUGUUAAAAUGCGACCCAGAACUACAAGAACUCCAGGCAAAGCCAAACCAAAAGGCAAAGCGCAAUCGGAACCAACUUCAAGCCCUUCAGAUGAUGAUUUUCAAUCACCGGAUCGUGAAGAUGAAACUGACUACGGCUUGGAUUUUACCACCAGUCGUCUGACAACGCCUCGACGCCUGCCAAGCUCUACAAUGAACAAAUUUCAAAAGAGUCGUCAGAGCGAACUAGAGUCUUACGAAGACGAAAGUAAUGAAGAUGAGAACGACGAGAAUCAGUCACCAGCAAAUUCCCCAACACGUCGGACAUCCGAAAGGAUAACUCUGCUAAAUAAUACUAAAGAUAACUCUGGUCGUAAUUCAAUACAACCAACGCAGGCGCCCCAGCAGCGAAAAGCGCCAAAAGCCCCCACGAGACGGAAACAAAAAAGGCCGGAACAUCGCCUAAAAAAACUACAGCGGGAGAUUGUCCGUUUGCAGGCGAAUACCGGUUUCUUGAUACCGCGUUUACCUUUUUCCCGUCUGGUGCGUGAAAUAAUGGCUGGUCUUACUUUAUCGGUGUUUAUGAUAACAGAGGGCGCACUAGAGGCCUUGCAGACUUCAACCGAAAUGUACCUAACCCAGCGAUUUGAGGAUGCCUAUCUUCUAACCCAAUUCCGUAGUCGAGUAACCCUCGAGGUGCGUGACAUGGCACUCGUUGCAUAUUUUUGUAGAACUUAUGGUAAUAACUAAGAAUUUUUCCCCUAUUCAUAUAAGUACGACUCCAUUUAGUUUACAUUUGUUUAAAUAUUUUGUGUUGCGUUUGUUCUUUACACAUAAUUUCAUUGACUUUGCUAAAGUUAAGAUUUGCAGUUUAAAUAUACAUACAUUUAUAUUAUUUCCAUGUUCUUCUGUAAUGUCUGUAUAAAUUAUAAAUUGCUUUUAUAAACCUUUUCUUGAAAAAGGCGAUAGGAUUUUUUAAUUAGUGUGGAAUGACUUUCUGUCGGUUUGAAGUCUUAAAUUUGAUUAUUUAAUGCAGUCUCGAUAUAUUCUGAAAAUACCUGAUUAAACAGCAAUCUUUAAAUAAACAAUACUUUUAUCCA